AUGGAGAAUGUGGUUCGCUCGCCCAAGCAACUGCAGGAAGUUUUCAGUCCACCUGGCAACUGGGAAACUGGCGGGGCCGGUUUCAAGGAAGUCUGUGAGCGUCCAAACGUCUCCUGCCAGGAAUUCUGCAUCGACUCAGGAAUCCAGGCUCGGAGAUGUUUGGACGGCCGACCAUGCUGUCUGCCCAUGGUGCACAUACCUGAAGUCGACCCUACUACACCCAAGGAGCACUGA